AUGAGCAUGUUCAGCCUUGACUGGGAUUUCGGUUUCCUUCCGAACCGAUACAAAGGAUCCGAGAAGAACGGCUUUUCUGACGGCGGAGGCUCUUUCUCGUAUCAUUUCGGUGAGGUGUCGGGCGAGAACGUGUCCACGGGUACAGGACCACGUGGUGGCGACCGUGGAGAGGCGGCGGAUUUAGGUACGUACACGGAAAACAACGACGGGGCCACCCUGGCAGCAAACACAGCGGUCGACGCCAGAGGGGGAAGCCCUCAGGGCACCCAUCUGUCCGGUGCGGCAACCCCCAGACCUCCACGUGGUAGGAGGCGACAAAACCAGAAUGGUCUCGAUACUACCCAAGUUAAAACGGAACGACUCACGCCUGACAAUAACUCGACGUCGUCGAGGAGCGUGACGCCUUCUUCAUCGAGUCACCCGGGGACGCCGCCAAAUGCUACGCCCUUGGGAGGACCUGACGGUCCACCGCCACCUCAUCAUCUCAAGCACAUGGAACAGAUGAUGGGGCGAAACUAUAGUGAUUUCAUGAGGAGUCUCGCCGCCAAAUACAACAACGCCAACCCCAACGAUUACUUUAGCACACCAAGAAACGGUUAUCCUCCGGGUUUAGACCCGAGGUUUCCAGCCUUCAAGGCUGCAGCAACGCCAUUCGUUGGUCUAAUGGCGCCGUUAGGAGCUCCGCAACCAUCGACUGUCCCGACGACCUCACCGCUCUCCAACAAAGAUCCGAAAGAGCAAAAGCAGGAUAGUCUCUUCGGCAGUCCUGUGUUUCCGCCUAUGAUCGAUAUGUCAUCCACCCAGGCUCUUUUGCACAUGGUGCGAACUGCCAAUGCGGCACAAAGCGCUGCAGAAUUGGAAACAUAUCUCAAAGGCGCGAACAAAAGAGACACGGGGGUGACGAGUCCCUUGGACCUUUCGAGUCCCGGUGGUUUCGCACCUCGUAAGCGACAAAGGACGGAAACAAGGAGAUCCGAAAGCGUAUCCCCCAAACCGAAACCUACCGCGAGACCAACCACACCUCCGCCGGUCAGGUGUCCGACUCUCUAUGGCCACAUACCUUGCGGCGAUGGGCAAGCCGUAAAUCGCUGGACCAUCGAGGAUGUCGUCAAUUACGUUUCAUCAAUCGACAUAUGCGCCGAGUACUCACAGAAUUUCCGAGAGCACCGUAUAGACGGCGCAGCACUACCACUACUCUCGGAAAGCCACCUGACAGGCACGAUGGGUAUGAAGCUCGGUCCAGCCUUGAAGCUGCGCGUGAUGUUGGCUCGGAAACUCGGUGCCUGCACGGUAUGCUUGCACUGUGCCCACUGUCACCAAACGCCCAGCAGUUGGCGUGAUCCCGACGCCGCCGUCUCCGGACCCGAACCGGGCCCUCAGGAUAGAACGGCGUAUACCUCGCCCGGUACGCAAACCAGAAGUCGUCUUCAAAAAGCCUAUCAAACAGUGACUCGCGAACGAUGUGUUCAAUCGAAGAAGACGAUUUCAUAUGUAUCAGGAACCAUGGAGACUCCGCCUGUCAAUAAUUAA